AUCCAGCUGCUGGUCGUCAUGGCCUCUCAGGUGAGGUGAGACAGGGACAAGCGGUAGAAAAUGGAUGAUCUACUGCAGCAGCCUGGCCCGCCGCGUCCCCCCUCGCCAGCGGCCCUGCUCCUGCUCCUGCUCCUGCUCCUGCUCCUGCUCCUGCUCCUGCUCCUGCGCGUCUCCUGACGGACUCCGACGUGCCGGAGCCAGGCCGUCCCACGCCUCGCGGUAGCCAUGGCGACGGAGGAAGGGCUGCAGAGUUGCUAGGCGACGGGAGAGCUCGCUGAUUCGCUGACGCAGCAGAGAGACUUCUCGCAACAAGUCGUGGAUGGUCUCGGAGAGAGGGCGCACCCUGCAGGGAGUACAAGCACCUCUCAAGCUCCAUCAGGUUGGAUGGGAAGACUUCAGAACGUUCCGGAACAAUCGUCUGAAAGAGAAUGGGUUCUCAUCGUUUUCUCAAAAGAACCGUUCCAAAGCCUGGAUUGGCGAUCUCACUAUCCUCCAUGAGUCCUUGGAGCGGACAAACGCUUGAGGAAGUGCGUUAACCAGAAACAGGAAGUCCACGCUUGUACUUUAAGAGGCAUGAAAGCGAGACGUUUGAGGACAGUCACAAACAUGCCGUCCUUCAGACCGCAUUGGCGUCUUCCAGCUCUGUUGAUUUGGACUCUCCAAACGCUCCUUCCUGUUUGCCGUGGAACAGAAUCUCUAAGAAUAACGCUGGAGAACACCGUCUUUGUGGCCUUCACCGGCGAAGAUCUCCGCCUUCCCUACAAGCUCCACCUGCCACCUAACUCGGCCAAUGAGAGCUUAAUUUGCUUCGACCCUCUUCACAGGAGGAUUUUCAGACGCUUCUUCACCAGCGACGUCCAUGCGCAGACCUUCAGCAGCUAUAUGCUGGUGCGGGCGUUGCAGACUUCUGGAGAGUAUCACUGCCAGUGUAAUGUGGCCAGAGCUUACUGGUUUGUGCGCCUGCGAGAUGAAGGUUACAAGGAUGUGCUCACAGUGGACUACACGGACUUUGUAACCGUGGGCUUCUUCAGCGCGGCGUUGCUGCUCCUCAGUGUGGUCGGCUCCGUGUAUGUCUUCAGAGGAACUUGGAAGACAAAAGUCCCUGAGUGUGGCAAUCCAAGCCCGGGCGGAAAGCAGAAGAAAGAAGUAGGAGUGGCGGAGACGCCUGACCAUGACAACACGGAUGCAAAAAUAACUUCUUCCACGUCUCUCUAUGCUACCCUGGAGCCACGACCUGGGUCUGUCUACGACGUGCUCAACGUGGACUCCCAGGACAGGAAACCUGGGCUCAAGCCAAAGACGGGCCAGAAACUGAGGGCACAAAGCCCACAAGCGCAGGACCAAGGCGUGUUCGAGUCCGUCUACGAGAACUUCUGAUCUGUGUCAUCGCAGCCCAUGAAACACCUUCAAAAUAUACAUUUGACUUUGUGCAUGAGUGCACUUUAAAUGCAGGCACAAUCACAAUAGCCUAUACAAGAGGUGUCCAAAGGGCUGCCCGGGGGCCUUUUGUGGCCCGCAGAUCAUUUUUUAACAUUCUGAAAACUCUUAUUACAGGACAAAAAGGUGAACUGUAAUGAGAAAAAGUUGCAAUGUUGACUCAGGUAACACAAAGCUUCUUUAAAACUGUCAUUGCUCAAAAAAUAAUAAUGAAUCAAAAUCAAUGUGGUUAUAAAAUAUUGAUCUAGUCAAAGCUCCAAUUAUUUCACAUGAAAUGUUCUAUCUUGAAAUAUUUUUGGGGGAAAAUGUUGCAUAUUUUGUGUUUUUGCCAUAUACAAAAACUAAGUUUUCUUUGACAAAAGGCCAUAAAACUAAAAAACAAAAAACAAGGAAAAAAUAAACUGAUAAUGGACAAAUAGAUCAGAAGUUGAUCUCGAGAUUUAAGCGUUGAAAAAUUAGUGAGUUUUUUCUUUUAACAAUUUUACAAGUCUUUUGGAUCUCUGAGAAUUUUAGUGGGACUUUUUUUCUUUCUUUUUUUUUUAACAUUAUUUCUAAAAAAAAUAAAAUAAAAAAAUUAAUGUUGUUUUGUAUUAUUGGCCUAUUCAAGGCUCCAAUUACGUCACAUCAAAUAUUACACUUUUAACAUUUCUUGGGGGGAAAUAUUGAAUAUUUUGUGUGUUCGCCGUUAAAAACUAAGUUUCCUAUGACAAAAACAUCAUAAAAUAAACACAAAAACAUAUAAAACAUAAUCGACGGGUAGAUCUGAGGUUGAUUUAAGAGAUUUAAGCGUUAAAAAAAAAGUAUGACCAAUUUUUAACACUUUUAUGAGUGGGGCCCUUUUUUAUCCCUCAAAUUUUUGGUGGGAUUUAUUUCUUUUAAACUGUUAUUGCUUAAAAAAUUAUAAUGAAUCAAAAUCAAUGUGGUUAUAAAUUAUUGAUCUAGUCAAAGCUCCAAUUAUUUUACAUCAAAUGUUCUAUUUUGAAAUAUUUUGGGGGAAAAUGUUGCAUAUUUUGUGUUUUUGCCAUAUACAAAAACUAAGUUUUAUUUGACAAAAGGGCAUAAAACUAAAAAACAA